CAACUCAUUAUUGAAUUACCCGUGUGCCUAGAUCUGAUCGAAGCCUCAGAUCACUCCCCAUUUCACAAACAUGGCACCGCCUUACCAAUGACUGAAUUGCCAGGCACAGACCCUUCAGACAAGCGUGCUCAUCAUCUUGUCCCCUUCAAGUUCCAACCUCAACCAACACUCCCAUGAAAACGUCUGAUCUUAUCCCCCGUGAAUCCAAAGUUUCUAAGCUCUCCAACCAUCAAGUUCUCCUCGAAGAGGCCAGAAAACGCGAAGCGAUCUAUGCAGGAAUCGCAAAUCUUGCAAUCCAUCUCGGGACUUUGGGUUUCCACUGCGUCACGGGCGGUGUAACACUUCCAUUGCACCUUCCUGUCAUCCUAUGGAUCGUUUACCGUCUUCUGAGAAACAUGAAACGCAGGAAGAAGUUGAGAGCCGCUGCACUGGAACGCAAUCUAACCCUCAGGAAGAUCAAACUGAAAUAUGUGGCCAUCCCUACUAUGCUCGCCUUAGUGGCCCCGGGAUUGGAGCAUCUCGGGGCCAUUGGUCUCAACGAGCUCGUUCUUGAUUUGGGAUGCCAGCCACAUGAUAUACUGUCCGUUGAUGUGCCUAACAUGCCUAACGUAUUAGAGGGUUCCGGGCCGGUCGACGGAUUCCAAGAUCUGAGUGCCCAUCUGUACGAUGCCACUACAUCUGCGCUUUGCGGAGGGAACGACAUCAGUCUGGCGGGCUUGGCCGGUCAAUAUUUAGUAGCAGAUGGGGCACUCUACUUACUUGAGGAGGCGUUGAUGAAGGAACCAUCUGAUCCAGAAGAGGAGCCACCUGAAGGUUUCAGCGAUCUAGUACAAGCUCUAUUGGAUGGGAUUUCGACAGGUGGUAUCCUACGAUCUAACAAGUUCAUAUUCCACUGCGAUAGAUGUAACAGAAAACUCGAGAAUAGAUGGUUUAGCUGCCCAGUUUGCGAUGACUAUGACAUUUGCACCGAUUGCUUCACAAGGAAUGACUAUUCUCAUAGUCACGAACUUUCGGAGGCAAUGCAAGCUGAAGUUUCCAACGAGAUCGACGAACUGCGCCGUCUGCUCAACUCCAUUCAGCAGGGAGCUCUUACCAUCGCUGAACCGCGAGGGGCAUAUACGUUUUGCGAUGGAUGCCGUGAAAAACCUGAGAAUGGAAUUUAUUACUCUUGCAAACAAUGCCCGGACUUCGAUCUGUGCCGAAAAUGCCUCACUGAUCCAUCAAAGAGAGCUGUACACAGGACCCAUGAUUUUGUCCCUGUUAAAGCGUCAAAGAAUCUCGAUAACUCCGCCCCCGCCCAUCAGCGGGCGGCUCGGGGGCCAACCGUGUCGCAUCUUAAGCCUGGUGAUGGACCGAAUCGCAAGGCCUCUCCCAGCUCAGAGCGGAUGCCAGGGCACAGACACCAUCGAGGCAGUGAGCCACCUCCUCGCACAGACGACGGAAAUAUUCGUCCCACUCUUCACCCCAGGGCUCAGACUGAGUAUCGAAACCCAAAUUCCGUCGAUAGAUCAGCAAGAAACAGAACGCCAUUCGUGUCCCCCAAUCCUAGCCGUGUCCCGAGUCGCGAUCCUAGCCGUGAUGGUCGUCUUGAUCCGACCCGUGACCCUAGACAUGAUCCUGGUCGUGGUCCUAGCCGUGGUCCUAGCCGUGGUCCUAGCCCGUCACUUCAUGCAGCGCAGACAAAUCGACGCAACCUCUCUAACUCAAAACCCUCACAUCACUUUUUCCAAGACGAUAGGAGUUCGCACAGAAGGGUGAGCAGCGGCCUCCCAGGUUUCGAGAGACCAUCUGAUGGACUGCCUUUCGACGAGCCCCCACGAGCCCCCCCACCGCCACCGAUGCCUCACCAGAAAGCACCUUCGUUUGAUUAUGGCGUGCUCCGGAUGCCUGAGCUCCAAGUGUCACCUGGUCCCGAAUGGCCUCGUCAUGACGCAUCACCGGCUUCAAUGCACAGGGGCCGCACUGGCCGUACAUCUGAUGACCUGGCAUACCAACAGAGUCCUUCUGACACAUACAGUCGAAGUCCAGGAUCAUCACCUCGUGUUCCCCUAGCGUCAUCCCCGUCAAAUACCUCUGCUUCCUUGUCCCCCACUCAGAGCAUCAACCAACGUAGUCCGACCACAUCCCGAAGACAUAACGACUAUCCAGAUGAUCUUCCUCAGUAUUCCUCGCCUGUGGAUUACGGAUCUUCUGUACGCCUCAGUCCUGUGAUGUCCCGUCGGGAGACUCAGACCUAUCGGAAGGGCUCGUCCAGAACUGACCGUGAUUGGAGCCCACUCCCUACGACGUCAGUCUUGGGAAUGAGCAAUCUUGAUCUUGACGAUCGCCCUAAAGCCACACCAAAAUCUUCUGCGAAUUCAAUUUCACCUAUUACCACUCACACAAUAUUUUGUGACGUGUGCCACAAUCCAGUCACUACAACACAAUGGUACCGAUGCUCCGAACGUUCGUGCGACGAUAUGGAUUUCCAUAAGAAUUGCGCAUCAACAGAUACCGGCGCCCACAGGCGUUGGCAUAAUUUGAUACCAAUGUACUCGACCGACUACUGAUUCUGGUGUCGCGGGAUGCUUUCUUUGCUCGAUACCUGCACACUUCUUGAACCAGUGACACCCUGUCGUUGCCGUCAUUAAGCAUAUGAUGAUGUUUUACUGUCCCU